UCAAGUAUCAUGUCUAUCAAAGAAAAUAUACAAAGCAUUCAUAAUCUAUCUACAGAAUCUACAGAAUAUAAAAUAAAAAUCAUUAAUCAAGAAUUUAAAGGUCAAGUUAACAAUACUUCGAGACCAGU